AGUCUGUUCGAAGGCUAAGGCUAAAAUGCUAAGCUUUAUCUUCCAUUAUGGAGACUACACAUUCAUAUGAUAAGUAUGACCAGUCAUGUAAUUCAUAUUUGAACGUAAUAUGCUGAAACCGCGUGUUUUUCUGGCGUAUUUCUUUCCGCGGUGAUAUCGUUGAGUAACGACCCACUGUGGUGGAUUCAGACUUGCUAGCUGUUUGAAAACGUCCAACAGCAACAUAAACUGUGCUUGAUUUCAAAAGGGGACUGCAUUAUCCCAUCGACUCGAUUUAAAGGGCGAUAUUACCAUAUGGAUACAAUGCAUCACGUCAAGAUCAAAAUCGAAAAGCCAGAGGUGGCCCCAGCACGCAGCAGACUGGAUUCUAUUUUAAAAAGACUGGUGGAGAAGAGUGAAAACGAAAGGGAGCAAAAUGAGAGUGAGGCUGGAAAAAUGGCAGCUGACACUAUUAACAAGGAUUUGUCCCCAUUGUCUGCUGGAAAACGCAGGCCAUCUGCAAGAUUUCCCCAGCAUCGUCGCAAGAAGCGUAAAGAGAUGGAUGAAAGCAUAUCAGAGAGCAAUACCCACAGACAAAACGCUUACAUUAUUAAGUUGUUUGACCGAAGUGUGGAUCUGGCUCAGUUCAAUGCCAGCACACCUCUGUAUCCUAUUUGUCGUGCAUGGAUGAGAAAUAAUCCGUCUGUCCGAGAGCCCAGUGAAGGAUCCCCAAGAUCUCCACAAGUCAUGCAAGAGGAAGAGGUCGCAGACAUGAUCAAUGGGAAAGAGCAAAUUGUAUACAGACUACCUCCUCCAACUGCAUCUCCCAUUAGCCUCUCUGGUGAGCCCGUCAACCUCAGGAUCCCACCAACUGAAAAGCCCACAGUCACCAAGAUUACAGAGACUGUGGCUGUAUCCGGUUCCUUUAUAUGUGACCACAUGGAGCGAUGGAAAAAGAUCAGACAAAAAUGGAAGGAAUGUUCCAACAAGAACCAAUUGCGAUACAGCGAGAGCAUCAAGAUCCUGAAGGAGAUGAAGGACUUGUAUGAUAACUAAUUCACCAUUUUGCAAGUUUUCAUACACUCCCCUCCAAAAUGAUUGGAACAGUGCGGUCACGUCCUUUAUUAUAGACUGAGAAAAUUGGGCCUGACAUAAAAAAAUGAAUGCGAUGAGAUCAACAUUGCCCUGCGAUUGGCUGGCAACCAGUUCAGGGUGUACCCCGCCUCUUGUCCGAUGAUAGCUGGGAUAGGCUCCAGCACGCCCGCGACCCUAGUGAGGAGAAGCGGCUCAGAAAAUAGAUGGAUGGAUGAGAUCAACAUGUCAAAUGUAUUUUCAGGUUAAGAUGUAAAGACACUGGCAUAUGAUAUACAGUACAACUUAAAAGAUUUGAAGCAUUAUUUGUGACAAAACAAUUUUAUUAGGGGACCAAAAUUAUUAGAACAGAUGUACUUGAAAAGACAGAUGAAUAAGACUUUGGUCUGGUACACACAUAAUGAUUUUUCAAAUCUUAAAAGAUUGUAUGUCUGUUACCUCACACAAAGAAAAUCUGGCAUUUUAACAGUUUUGGUCGUACUGUGUGUGGUGUGCUUCGAUAAUCUCAACACAAAGAUUCUGUUCCACCACCGAUCUAGAAUCCAGUUCCAAAGACAGAGAUCUUGUGUGAUCAAACGUGAUUGAACAAAAACAAAGAAGAAACACUACUGAAUAUGUUGCGCCAAUGUCUCCUGAGUGUUGCUGAAGGGACUGGAGGAAAAUGUGUUGUCGAUUAGUGAUGUCCUCAAUAAAGA